CGGUGUUUCUGACGUGUUUGUGACAUGGAUGCUGCUGCUGAUGGUGUGUUGGUAUUGUGAGGAUUAGGCACCAGCGCAAACACUGGCUAGAAAAAAAUACUAUUCAAAUCGUUGAGUCAAUAUUUAAUUUCCAUGUAAAUAUCGCUUGGCACCAGCAGGCAUGUCAGGUUUUGUUGUUUCUGCACUAGUGUUGUCAUUGUCCGCGACAGUGUCUUGUCUGGGCUCUGCGCCGCCUCAGCCCUGUCUCGCGCCGCUACAGUGGGAGGGUCGGACCGUCCAAUAUGACCACGGCACGGGACGAAACACACGGGCAGCGGUCACCUAUGAUGCACAGAAUCAGCGAAUUAGGGUUCUGGAGCAGAAGACGGGACACACACCUUGUAAAAAGUUCUUUGAGUAUAUCUACUUGUUCAAGAGUGGAGUGCUUUUCCAGAUUGAGGAAAUUACCAAGCAGUGUGCAAAGAUCGCUCUGACGGAGGCCUGGGACCCUUAUGACAUACCCCUGAACUCCACAUAUGAGGACCAGUACUUCAUCGGAGGACCUGGAGACAUGAUCGAAGUUCAAGAAUGGUCUGAUCGAAAACCGGCUCGCAAAAAUGAAGCUUGGGUUGGUGUGUACACUUUGAAGGACUGCUAUCCUGUGCAGGAGACAUACACAAAGAACAGUAGCGUGACCACGUCCACUCGCUUCUUUGACCUUCAGCUGGGCAUUAGUGACCCUGGCGUGUUCAACCCACCCAGCACCUGCCAGUCAGCACUGUCCGAGAAGAUGACAUCUGACUGCUGAAUACCGUCGCUCAUCUCUGCUCAUCACAGUACAUAUUACCCAUAAUACAGUAACAGCUUCUAAAUAACUGAUAUUGCAAUGACAAAGAGCACAUGAAAUGAGUGCAGGUACUGUUAAAUAUAAUCAGCUUUGAAAUAAACCAAGAAUGUCAGUUUUAAGUUACUAGUUCUUGUUGAUUUACAGUGUGAACUGUGCCUCACAUAUUACUGAAGCCUCGUUUUUAAUAUGCUAUGUUUUUGGCAAACUAUGUGUUGUGCUGAUCCAGGGUGGAUUAAUGUAGUACUUACUGUUUUGUUUUACAGUUAAUAUUUUGUUCAUCUACUUUUUAUUUAGCCUUUAAGAUGGUUUACAGUGUGGAUGCUUAUAGUUUAUUUUAUUUAUAGUUGUUGAAGAAACCUCUAGAAUUUGAAUUUCAAUAAAAUUGUUUACCUCAAUA